AAUAAGGGGGAGCGGGAAGCAGUCGGCAGACGCAGCCUGAGUCACUGUAACAAGAAACAGCUGCAGGCAGCCUCCUCCCCCAGUCAUCCUGGAUUAACUGCUCUGGUUUUGUCGCCGCUUUUCUUGGUGCUGUUGCAGGAGACUGGCUUAGAACCAGCGUUUUUCUAUCUGAUUGUAAGGAAGUUUUUGUCUGUAGCACCAGGACGUGUGACAGCUGAUAAAAAUGAGUGUUCUUCCACCAGUGCGAAGGGACAGAAUUAUCGCAGAGCUGCCGCAGUGCUUUAAGAAAGAGGCGGCACUCCAUACCAGGGAAUCAUUCCAUUCCAAAGUCAGCACUGCGUGCAAGCAGCAGCGCACAGGAACAGUGGGCAGAUUUAAGAUUUCCAAGAUUAUUGUUGUGGGGGACCUUUCAGUGGGCAAGACUUGCUUGAUAAAUAGGUUUUGUAAAGAUACCUUUGAUAAGAAUUAUAAAGCAACAAUUGGAGUAGACUUUGAGAUGGAACGGUUUGAAAUUCUGGGCGUUCCAUUCAGUUUGCAACUAUGGGACACAGCAGGGCAGGAACGAUUUAAGUGCAUAGCUUCUACAUAUUACAGAGGUGCACAAGCCAUAGUGAUUGCCUUCGACCUGACAGACAUUUCCUCUCUGGAACACACAAAGCAGUGGUUGCAGGAUGCAUUAAAGGAAAAUGACCCCUCAAAUGUUUUGCUUUUCCUAGUUGGUUCCAAGAAAGAUCUCAGUUCACCAUCUCAAUAUGCUCUCAUGGAAAAAGAUGCCUUAAAGGUUGCCAAGGAGAUGCAGGCGGAGUAUUGGUCUGUUUCCUCACUGACAGGGGAGAAUGUAAAGGAGUUCUUUUUCCGGAUAGCAUCUUUGACGUUUGAGUCCAGUGUGCUGGCUGAGCUGGAAAAGUCACAAGCAAGAAAGAUUGGUGAUGUUGUGCGGAUAAACAGCAAUGACAGCAACUUGUACCAGAAUACAAAGAAAGACAAGCCUAAGUGUUGUCAGUGAUCUCAAGCUGCUGCCAGACAACAUAUUUGCACUGAACAGCUCCAGACCAAAGUAUUUUUAUAAACCCUUGGCAUGAAACCCACUGAAGGAACUGAACACGUCACAGUGCCCUGCUCUGUUCUAGGAGAUGGCACAGGGCUGAUAUUUUUUAUUAAGAAAUUUUAAAUACAAGCCAGAGGGAUCUUGACACUUUGCAGGACAAUGUGCAUCUUUCACCUCUGUCCAUAGGGGGAUAAAUAUAAAUCAUAUAUGGGACACUAUCGUGAAAAUAUUACAGAAGAACAUUGACUUCUACACUUGACAAGAGAUCAAUAAAGUUUUAUUGGAGCAAAAAUAUUGUAUGAAAAAUAGCUUUAUUAAGUUAGAAACAAAAAAGAAAAACAUCAUAAAAAAAGAAAAAAAAACCUUGAGGUGCCAGGGGUCUGCAGAUGCUUUAUGUGCAGUGCGGCUGCACUUUUUCUAUAUAUAUUUCUCCUCCGGUGUAACUUUAAUGACUAUGGAAAGCUGAAGUAAAUGUUCCUCUGUUGGAGGAUGUGUGCUGCUCCCCCUUCACUUGAUACUAUGUCUGGCUGAAGUGUGCCGAGGCAGAAAGACGCAUCUAGGGAAGGACAUCAGGAGGAUGGGUGUAGCGCACCGGUACAGUAUCGUAAAUAUUAAACCUGCGACAGGAAGAAAAACUCAAAGCACAAGUAACAUUGGUUAUAAUCAUUUGUACUACUUUUUACAUGUGAAGCAAACCAUCUUAAUGUUCUGGGGUUUCUUGUUACACAAAGUUUUACAUGAUCCCUUGCAGUCGUUCACUAGAUAGGAAUAUCAGUCAGGUGUAAGCCGCUUUACAUUAGAAACCACUUGAUCAAGGGGCAUUUAUAAGACCUGAAGAAUGCAUGUACACCCUGAGUCUUAGAUACUUUUACAUUUUAUCGUUUACUAGCUUUUACUAUGACUUCUGGGUAGUACAAUUUACAACUAAAGAAGAAUAUAGUCCCAGCUGUUAGUCAAUUUAAAAAAUUUUUUUUAACUUUUAAUAGAGAUCUUUGUGUAGCUCUUUAUUUCAACUUAUUGUUAUUUUAUAGCCAUUUAUUAAAGGGACAUGGAAGUCACAAUUUAGAUAAAGCAUGACUUUUUAAAAACUUUCCCAAUUUCCUCCUGUCAUCACAUUUACUCAUUUCUCUUGGUAUGUUUUAUUGUAGAGCAUACUUAGGUAGGUGUGUCUGUGUCUUGAAUGCUAUAUGGCAUCAGUGUUUAUGUAGAAAAAUGUUGCAAACCCUGCUGCCCUAUAGUGUUUAAGAACCUGAGCCAGAGCCUACCUGAAUAUGCCAUUGGAAACCAAGAUAGUAAAGGGAUUGUGAUAAAAUUUGUAAAGUUUAUUUUGAAAAAUGCAUGCUCUAUCUACAACUCACAUAUAAUUACCAAGUGACUGCUACUUCCUCAAAAAUAUUUGUUUUGUAGCUCACCUCAAUUGUUUAGCUGAACUAUUUAUUAGCAAGGCUUAGACCACAUUUAAAUAUGUAGCAUUUUAUUGCCCUUUAAUAUUAGCAUUUUUGGAUGCUCGUGAUAGUUUCCCUUAAUUUGAAGAUAUUCAAUAAAACACCAGCAAUAACACAGGAACGCUCAUUUUGAAUGCCGGUUUCAAGCCAUGUACAGUAUUAGUUAAUACUCCUAAAAUACAGUUGUAUUUAACAGAUACACUUUUCAAAUCAUUCAUGACCCUUUCUUGCAGCAAUAUGACUGAUGCAAUAAAUGUUAUUUCUGGGGGGGGGGUUUGUAUGAAAUAAUAUGCUAUAUCCUGUGUAAAAUGGAAAAUUGUAUAUAUUCAUUAAAUAAUUAGUUGGACAAACUUUUAAAACAUUUUUUUUGCAUAUUUGAUGUUAUUGAUGGACAUUGUAGGUAAAAAAUAACCAAAGUGUUGUACAAAGAACAGAUGUUAAACAGAUUACAUUUUUUGUGCCUAAAAAAGAAUACAUAUACGUUGUACAUAGCAUACACAAUAGCAAAUAUCACAAUUGUUUGCAAAAUACAAGAAGUCUGAUGAUGGGCGUGAGAUAAAUGUGCAUGUAUGUCACUUAUUGCCUAUAUGUAACAGAUCAGCUGUAUUUCAAAUCCCAUUUCUGUUGUGUGUAUGAAUUAGGUAUCAUGUGAAAGAAGUUUAGGGUGGAACUGUAUCCAUAUUGUUUACUACUUUUUUCAGAAAAUAAAAGGUUUAGUCACAGGUAUAGUUUGGCAAUUAAUAAAGACCUUGGUAAAUUUUGUAAAUUACCAGAUGGGUAACAUCAAUAAAUAGUUGUAUCCUUUCUA